AUCCCGGAGCAGAGCUAUGCAGAGUAGCAGCUACUGGGGCCGCUGUACUCUUUAAUCCAGAGGAUCGACACUUCCUCAUGCCAAACACAUAGUUCACUACUUAUCCGACCGCCCGCAGUCUGCUGACAGCCUGCAGGAUAACAUUACUACUUACACAAAAGCAUCACAGCCACACCCUCCUCACAGUGCAGCAGCAGCAGCAAGCAGCAGCAGCAGCAUGGGGAUGAGGAUGAUGCAAACCGCACUGCUAGUUUUGGCUCUCACGGCUGUCUGCAAUGGCAUCCUCCCUGAGAUAGUGAACUCAGGCAUCAGUCACAUCCUGCUGGAUAAUCCCGUCCAGGGAAGCACGGAGCAGGACAGCACGUUUGUGGAAGUGGAGCAGCUGCCAGAGGAUCUGCAGCAAAAACCUGAGGAUGCCUUUCAUCAAAAGGACAACGAGAGUGACAGUUCCAGCCCUCACCCCAAUAACCUUCCUCCAAGUCAUCACAAUGAAUCUGCUUCUGAUAAUGAAUCCAUCCACACCUCAGUAGAACGGGAGACAAACAACAUUACAACAGACGCCCAGUUCAGUGACCUGGGGAACAAUAUUGAUCAUGGAUGCAACACUGAUGGAGACUGUGGGAAAGACAGAUAUUCUUAUGACACACACAAUUCCAAGUGUCUGCCUUGUAAAGCAAUCGAUAUGUCCUGCACUAAGGAUACGGAGUGCUGUGGGGAACAGCUGUGUGUGUGGGGUCAGUGCACUGUGAAUGCAACAAAAGGAGAGGCAGGCAGUACAUGUGAACACCAGACCGACUGCAGCACGGACCUCUGCUGUCUUUUCCACAAAGCGCUGCUCUUCCCUGUCUGCUCGACCAAGCCCAUUGAGCGUGAGCGCUGCUUCGGGGCCUCCAACCACCUGCUGGAGCUGCUGUCCUGGGACGUACAGGACAAUGGACCCAGAAAACAUUGCCCCUGUGCAGGAGAUCUCCACUGCCAGCAUCUGGGGCGAGGGUCCAUGUGCCUUAAAGGAGAGGACUCGAGUGAAGAGGACCUGACGGACAGUCUGUACUCAGAGAUAGACUAUAUAAUCUGACACUGGGGUCCCCACUGCCUCCUCAGCUUUGUUGCAAAGAGCAUUAGCACUUUCAGUUUGCCGGCUUAAUCCAAAGUGGUAAAGAUAUACAGCAUGGAAUAUGAAUGAAAAUAUAUUUUGUUUUAUUUGCUGUUAUUUAGACCUGAGGAUAAAGGUAGAUAUAAAAAGUCACCAACAAAAAACAGGAAUCAUUAUAUUUGCAAAGUCCUGUGUUGAUACUAUACUACUUAAUGCAUCAUCUUAACUUGAACCCUUAUCUAAUGCAAAUCAAAGCCAUUCAAUAAAUACUCAUGUCUGUUGAGUAUUCACCUCACCAUAGCUUUUUAUGUCAUCCGUAUAACAGACUUCAGCUGAUAUCACGUUGAAUAGCAGCACUGCAUUAUCGAGACCAAAGUAAUACGCCCAGCUUGCAAUCCCAAUGAAUGAGCUAUGCACCAAGAACGAUGCACUGUGUACUGAAUAGUAAAAAAUAAUAAUAAUAGUAGCAAUAAUAGUAAUAUGUUUCGAUUUCAAGACUCCCUUGAGCAAUAAAUGUGUAUGUCAGCAGAGUCUGUGAAAGUAUUAUGUUAACAUGUAAAUAGACAGUUGGUCAUAUUGCCAUCCAGGACGCUCGUUUGCAUCCUUAUACAUGUCUGAUAAAACCUCAGCUUUGUUUAGGAGUUUGUACCAAACCUAUUUUUUCCUCUUCACGUUUUCCGUUGUCAUUCCGUUUUAUGUUUUGGUAAACUAAGUUGCUUGAACCUAUAAUAUCUGCACGUAUAAGUACUUGUAGUUUUGCGAAGACGUAGUCCUCAACAUUUUUAUGGCAGAGAUGACAUAUUUUACGCACAACAGGAGGAAACACUGUUCAACAUGCCACGUGGUUAUACAUUCUAUCUAUAUUGACUAUAUGUAUAUUCAUUGUGUAAUGUGCUCUUCUUGUGUUUAUGUUUUUUGUUCUGUAUCAACUUGAUUUAAAUUGUCUUUCAAGCAAUAUCUCAUAUCCAACAGCGUGUCAACAUAUCAGAUGUUUGUUAGACACAACUGCUUAUUCAAGUAAACUCAGCUACAAGUUAUACACCACUAUAUGGACUCAGACCUUGUUUGAACAUUUAACAAAUCCUAUAUUAGCACCAAUAAACGGUGUGGUCUGAAUAACUUCAUAUUGUGUAUUAGCUCCAGAAUAAUCAUUGAAACUAAAAAUCUGUGACUUUAAAUACUCUAAUAAUAAAAUAAAUGUUUACUAAAAACC